AUGAAUUUGACAAAACAUAAUCCUUUACUUCUUUCUGCUAUAGAUGAUGGAAGUCUUCUGGUGAAUCAGAAUCCUUCUCCUUCAAAUUCGACUCAACACACGUCCGUCACUCAAUAUCACUCAUAUGACACUAAUUAUUAUCAAUUUGAUGAUCUUAUAUCCAAAGAAUUAAACGAUUUGGAUAUACCGUUGCCAAUUACAAUGUUAAAGGAUAACUCCAAUCAUAAUGAUCAAAAAUUAUUACCUUCCAUGAUUGAAUUUGACAAUGAUCCAUCAUUAUUAAAUCAUAAUAUAAAUGAAAAUGAUCUUAUUCCUGAUUUGGAUUGGAACCAAUUACAAUUAGACGUACUUGAUGAUUCCAAUUUCCAAUCAAUAAAUAAUGCUACAGAUUCAUUAUUAAAUUCAAGCCAUCAAAGAAAAAAAUCUCACAAGAGAGGUCCAAGUGGUACGGCAAUAUUUGGGUUUACCAAUCAUAACAAGACUUUAAGUAUAUCAAGCUUGGCAAACACAUUCCCUAAAAAUCCUUAUACUCCAAUUGAUUUAAAGGAUAAUAAUCUACCAACAGGACACAGUCCGUUUUGGAAUAUACCCCAGCAUUCUAUUAAUAUAGAUCAAAACUCUAAUAUCAGUUCUAAAUUGUCAGGCUCUUUAAAAAAUUCAGACAUUAAUGAGUCUAUGACCCAUUCUUUAAUAAAACAACAAGAAAAUUUAUUAUUAGCAUUAGAGAAACAAAAAAAAUUGAAUAAGAAAUUAGAACAACAACUAUUAGAAAAUAGAUUAGAACAACAAAAAUUAGAAACUGUCUUUAAAACUUCUUAUGAUAAAUCUGUAGAAAAUACUUUGAAUAAUCAUACAACAGGAAUUUCAGAACAAGAUACCCUUAAAUUAAACUCAAGAGAAAAUGACUCAACUCCUCUGAGACCCACAAGUAUCUCACCUUCAAGGAGAAUAGUAACAUCAAAUCCUGAUGAUGCAAUCAUUGUAACUACUGAUAGUAAAACAGGGAAGUAUCAAUUUCCACCACCAAAUAUGGUGUCCCCUCCACCCAUGACAAAUACCUUAUAUAAUGGAUCUCCUGCGAAAAGAGGUGUACAAAAAUCACGAUCAAAUAUGGACAAUUCGUACCAUUCUCCAAUACCAUUUUCCCUCAAAUAUCCAAAUUCAAUUUAUUCAUCUUCUGAUAUGAAAGAUUGGAAAGAAGAAGAUUAUUCUGAAUUAUCAAAUUCUUUUAAAAAUACUAAUAAUAAGCUACAAUCUGAAGAUCCUAUAGCAAAGGAAGAAUUGGAUUCAUUUAAUUAUCAGCAGCAACAACAACUUCAACUUCAAUCAUCAAUUGAAUUAUCUGAAAAACAAGAUUCACUUCCAAAUUUGAAAUUUUUCAACAAAAAUGAUCCUUCUACGGGUCAUUAUAAAAAUACUUCGAUUUUUUCUACAGCAUCUACCAUUCCUCAAAUACGACAAGAUGAUAGUUAUAGAAGUAGUGAUGAAGAUAUUCUAGGUUUAGGAAUACAAAUGCCCAACCAACUUCUUAAUAUAGAAACUCCACCCACUCAAAACAAUGAAUUUGCCAAUUUGGAAGAAAACCUUCAAUCUGAUAUUAAUGAUGAUUUACAAGGCAAUAAUCUAAACAAAGGGAAACUUCCCAUAAAAUAUACAUUCCAAAAUACACCCAUUAAAAACCUCAUUUUGUUUUUAAAUAAACCGCCUUCGAAUUUUAAAGAAAGUAAUUUUAAAGAUCCUAAUCUAUUAGGAAUAGAUCCAUACAUGGCUCCAACUACUCCUACUGGAUUAUCUCAAAAGUACCCUGCAUUUAAUAAUAAUAACAACCAUAAUAUACAAACUCCUAAAACAAAAUCAUUAACAUUCCCUGAAGCUGAAAAUUCUCAAAUAAUAACGAAUGAAUAUACAAAUAAUUUGGAAGCAAGCCCCAUCAAGAUUACAAGGAAAUUGACAACUUUACCCAGAGGGUCGAUUGAUAAAUACGUUAAAGAACUACCUGAUAAACUGUUCGAAUGUCUUUAUCCAAAAUGCCAUAAAAUCUUUAAGAGGAGAUAUAAUAUUCGUUCACAUAUUCAAACGCAUUUAGAAGAUAGACCCUAUAUAUGUGAUUUUGAUGGUUGUAAUAAGGCAUUUGUUAGAAACCACGACUUGGUAAGACAUAAAAAAUCACAUGGUGAUAAGAUACUUUCUUGUAAAUGUGGUAAGAAAUUUGCAAACGAAAGCGAUUUAAUUAUUCAUAAAAAUAAGAUAGUAUGCCAAGCUGGUAAGGAUUAUGAUAAUGCAAUAACGAAAAAAUCUCCCAAAAAGAAAUUCGGAACUCCUGGGAGAUUAACUGAAUCAGCUGCAAAUAGUCCCACAAAGGCUGUUGAUAAAACCUCAGAAAGCUAUAUAUUAUUCAAGAUGGAAGAACAAUUAAGACUUAAUAUUGAACAAAAUGGCAUAUUACAACCCCCAAAACUCGGCGGAGAUACCCAUACAUUUUUCUCUUCACCACCGUCACCAGAACUUUCGAAUUAUAAUUCUUCAUAUAACUGUCAGAAUCCCUUUAAUUAA